AUGCCGGGAAAAGACAAGAUGGGAGAAAAGGAAGAGAAGCGCAAGGAAGAGAAAGACAAGACGGGAGAAAAGACGGAGAAGCGAAAGGAGGAGAAGGGCAAGAAGGAAAAGAAGAAGGAGAAGAGGCCGCCUCCGUACGAAUGCAAGGAGUGCCCGUUCGAGUACCAGCAGAGGCAGAGCCUGCAGCGGCACAUGGCAACAGAGCACGGGCCGAAGCUAUACGCAUGGCGCCUGGUUUGUGGCCUCAAGACAGUCCGUAAGGACAACUUGCGCUGCCACUACCGGCAGGAACACCCGGAAAGAUUCGACGAGGUGGAUGGGAUUGCCUUGGAGACGGAGAAGGAGAGAGCAGCUAGGGACCAGGGGGAACGAGCGGCAACCAGCAGCCAGGAUGAAACGGUACCUGAGCAGAAGAGGCCAACAGCUGAGGCGCCCCGCCGAUGGGUGGAAGUGCGAUUGACCAAGGAGGUUGGUGAAGGAGUAGUCGCAGGAGAGGCGACAGUCCGCCUCCCCGGAAGAGGCUGA